AUGCCGACCAGACAGGUUCUUCAGGCAUCCCAAUCCCAACCUCCCCCACCCAAGUCAGUCGAUCUCUGCGGGGGCAGCAAAGACAUCGACCUGACUCCGCUUAGCAACUUUCGAUCUCCCUGGAGUGUAGUAAAGAAGUUCAAGUCCUCGCAGACUGCGCACCAAAUUGAUAUACUAACAUGCCAAACAUUCAACUCGCUGCCCAAUAUGGGCGAAAUUCCAGUGAAUUGCCAAAAUAGCAGCAUUUGCCACACCAUUACCACUUCUUCCCAAGUUACGAAGUCGAUUGGUUACGUUCCUGUUGGUGUUCAAAAUGAAUACAAAACCAACCUCGUCAGCUACGUCGGUUCAAUGUGCGAUGAUAAGCUAAAUUACACUAUUGACAUACGCUACAUUUGCGGCAACAACCUUGGAUAUCCCACGUAUCCGCCGACUUCAAUCACGAAUGCCUGCAAAACCAUCUUGCAUUGGGAAACGGCUGCCGCCUGCAAAGGCGCCGCCGCCACCUCAAAGGCUGACCUCUCCACCUUUGGCAUCAACGAGAGUCCCUGCUACACCGUGGACAAGGUGGGCGGCAACCGCUACGACCUCAGCCCGCUCAUUCGCCUCAACGGCAGCUACAAGGUCUGGUCGGCGGAGAACGGCACCGAGUUCUUCAUCAACGUCUGCUCAGAUGCCACGGACCGCUGCCGCCCGGGCUCCUCUGCCUGCUUCCGCAACGGCCUCGGCCAGAUGGAGAGCAUCGGCUCGUACNUCCGCAACAGCCUCGGCCAAAUGGAAAGCAUCGGCUCGUACAAGUGGUCGAGCAUUGAGUUUCGGAAGGCGAGCGAGGCGGCCAAGCACGACUACGUCCAGCUGACGUACAAGGCGAAGAACGCCCUCUGCAACAGUCCUAUCUCGACGACGUUGAACGAGUCCACGACGAACAUUCGCUUCAUCUGCCCCCGUCAGACGACCUCUCUGCACCGCUACCCGGUGCUGGUCUCCAGUCUGGACUGCCGCUACGAAAUCGAGUGGGUCACCGACUACGCCUGCCCCCAGGAGGAGCUCUCCUUCCCCGAGAACAACUGCCUCAUUGACGACACUGACCUGUCGCCGCUGCAGCGUAGUGCUCAGCCGUACGAGUUUAAGGACGUCAAGCGCCUGGACGGCUCCACCGUCAACAUUUCGCUGAACGUCUGCGGCGGCGCCCUGCCCGCCGACAAGUGCAAGCUCGGCUCAGCGGUGUGCGUCAUGAACGCCACCAGUCGAACGUCCUUCGCGCGGAAGAAGGCCACAUUUAUGAAGGCGGACAACCGCCUCAGCUUAAACUACGUCAGCGGCGGCGCUUCCUGCCAGAGCAAGGACGGCUUCAAGAUGGAGCGAACGGUGGUGGAGUUUGAGUGUGAUCCGACGGCUGCCACCAAUGCGACCAGUCAGCCGGAACUGAUUGAGGUGCAGGAGUGCUCGUACCUAUUCAAGUGGCGCACCGCCCUCGUCUGUCCGCUGAUCAUGCCCUCGCUGCUGAACUGCACCUACGUCAACGAGCAGGCGGGCUUCCAGGUGGACCUCUCCUCGCUGAUGCGACCGGACGGCUUCUACGAGGUGCAACGGUUCGGGCACGACCCUCGCCUCAAGUACCUCAUCGCCAACUCGUCGCGAAUUCUGCUGAACGUCUGCUCGAAGCUGCCGCUGCAGCAGACGGCAACCACCGCCAGCAACUUCAGCAAAGAGUGCGCCGGCGCUGCCGCCUGUCUGCUGGACGCCGGCAAGAAGGAGGCCACCAGUCUGGGGCACUUUCGCGAGCCAAUUCAGUACGACCAGGUGCUGGGUGUUUUGACGCUGCGCUACACCGGCGGCAGCCAGGACCCGGUGACGAAGAAGCCACUGAGCACGGUGAUCAACUUUCACUGCGCCCCCUGGUCGAAGAACAAUGAGCCCUACCUGAUUGACUACGACCAGGCGACCGGGCAGUACACCGUGGAGUACAACACACCGGCCGCCUGUCGCCUCUUCACCGCAAGGGGCACCGACUGCCAGGUGACCGACCCGGCCACCGGAUUUCAGUACGACCUGAGGCCGCUCGCCUCUCGCAGCUUCUACUCCAUCAAGACGGACCGCUACGAUUUUGAGCUGAACGUCUGCCAGCCGGUGGUGGGCGGCUCGUGCGCCGGCGACACCGACCACGCCAUCUGCCAGAAGGAGCACACCGGCGGCGGGCGUGCCUUUAGCCUAGGCCGGGCCACCACCGCCCUCUCCUACUGGAACACCAUGCUCAACAUGACCUUCAUCGGGGGGACGCCGUACAAUGACGAGCAGCGGACGCCGCGCCGCUCGCACAUUAGCUUCAUCUGCGACGAGAAGGCCGCCAAUGGCUUUCCGGAGUUUGACGGCGAGCGCGACCGCGCCUACUUCUUUCGCUGGUACACCGCCCUCGCCUGUCCCCAGGCGCCGCCCAAGGUGACGCACUGCGUCUUUGAGAAUGAGACGCACUUCUUUGACCUGUCGCCGCUCUCUCUGGACCGGGGGAAUCACUUUGCCCUGAACGGGCAGUCGCUCACCAUCGCCUACAUCAACUUCUGCCGGCCGCUGAAUCCCAUUCGCGACAACCUGCUGAACCAGUGCAAACCGAACACGGGCAUCUGUCUGGUGGACUUCCUGAAGAGCGAGGUCAGCCUGGGUGAGCCGCUCAGCCACCCCUUUCUCGGCUUUGACGGCACCAUCUACAUGCUCUACAACAACGGCGACCCUUGUCCGGCCAAUCGCUCCCAACCGCUCUCCUCCAGCAUCCAGCUGAUCUGCUCGCCCGACCUCGAGGAGGACCUUACCAUUGACUUCUUUGACCCGGUUAAGGGCGAGGAGUGCACGUACAACUUUGUGGUUCGUAGCCCCGUCGCCUGUCCGCGCGCCUUUCACGACACCGUCCUCCAGGACUGCGUCUACACCGACCGGCGGACGAAUCUGUCGGCGGACCUGGGUGCCCUGACAAAGCCCCUGGGCGACUACGCCGUCUCUGGGGGCAACCCACAGACCACGUACAGUCUGAACAUGUGCAAGGCGGUCAGCCAGCCGCCGAGCCCUCCUGCCCACGGCGAGUGCCAGGGGGCGGCCGUUUGUCUGCGCACCGCCAACAACAGCAUCCUCAACUACGGGCGGGCGGACUCGAUGAAGCUGUACCUGGAGGGCGGCAACCUCCACCUGCGCUACACCAAUGGCAGUCGCUGUGACGACCAGGUGGACGGGCGGAUGCGCGCCACCGACAUUGAGUUUAUCUGCGACGAGACGAAGCCCACAGAUUCCUUGAACGCGCCCUCGCUCUACUACCAGAACCACUGCCUGGCGAAGUUUCAGUGGCGCACCGCCGCCGUCUGCAACCUGGUCAUUCCCAGCUGCUCGCUGGUGGACGACACCAACGGCAACUACUACUCUCUGCGGCCGCUCGCCUCCAUGUCGCACGCUUGGAACGUCUCCGCCACCUCCGGUGCCGACGAGUACUACCUGCUGAAUGUGUGCAAGGCGCUGCCGCUGCACCACAACUGCAGCUCCUCGGCGGGCGCCUGCAAGUGCCGCGUGGUGGACCGGGCCACCGGCGAGGUGGACUGCUCCGCCAACCUGGGCAAGGUCUCCGACCACGAGCUGGCGCUCGAUCCGCUCACGCACAACCUCGUGCUCACCUACGAGGGCGGCGACCGCCUCUGCAACGGCUCCGUCGCGCGGACGCAGAUUCGCUUUCGCUGCAGCGCGACGGAGAGCGGCCACGGCGGGCCGAGGCUGAUCAGCACCGAGGACUGUACCUUCCACUUUGUGUGGGACAGCAUCUUCGCCUGCGCCAUGCAGAACAUCACCGCCAACUCGGUGCACCUCUCCAUGGGCGGGCCGGGGGAGGAGGGGGACAGCCGGUACGUGGUACACGACACCGCUAGGCGGCUGCAGUGGAACCUGGCGCCGCUUUUCACCGUGGCCGUCAAUGUGACGGAGAAGACACGCCAGGGACAGAACGGCAGCUUCACCUACGCCGUCGACCUGGGCCGACACAGCCACGAGCACCACCCGCGAACGGGCAACUGUGUCGAGGCGGCCAUCUGUCAGGUGAAGCACGCGGACGGCUUCACCCGGGACAUUGGCAGCUUCGGGAACAUGAGCUUCAGCUUCGUCGGCGCCGACCUCUACCUGGUGCUGACCUCGGCCAGCUCAAAGUGCGGUCGAAAGCCGAGCAAGAAUGUGAGCAGCAAGAUUCGCUUCAUCUGCAACUACGCCGCCGACCUCGGCUCGCCGCACUUUGUCUUUGAGAGUGAGGAGUGCGACUACUUCUUCACCUGGGAGACGGACGCCGUCUGUCAGCUGGUGGAGAACCGACCGAUGCCCUCGCCCAACGAUGGUGGCUCGUCCACCAAGCACUCGGGACUGUCCACCGGCUGGGUCGUUGGGCUGCUCUUUCUCUUUGCCCUGUGCGGCUUUGCCGGCUGGCUCUUUGUCUCCAGCGGCACUAAGCG